AUGGCCGACGACAACUCUGCCUGUCCCGUCGAUCACAAGGCCCGCGAGGCCUGGCUUGAACAAGCUCGUCAGGCUGAAGCCGCAAAGGCGCAAGCACAACCUGCAAAGUGUCCCGUCGAUCAUACUGCGCAAGCGAAGCCCAAGUCGUGGUCACAAACCCUCACAUCAUACCUCCCGUGGUCCUCUUCGCCUGCGCCUCCCCCCGCCCAGCAUCCUCCGACGCCCCACGGUGGCCUAGAUACCGAUCGCGUUGUUUCUACGAUUCCGCGAAAAUCUGGAGGUCCUGCUGUAUGUCCACCUGCGAAACCUGCGAAUCAUGAGAUGGAGACGGGUUUGGACCCUUCGGGCAACUGGGUAUAUCCUUCAGAAAAGAUGUUUUUCGAUGCCAUGAAACGCAAGGGAUAUGAUGCGCGAGUGGCGGAUAUGAAGACUGUGGUUCCUAUUCACAAUGCUGUGAAUGAAAGAGCAUGGAAGGAGAUUAAGGAGUGGGAGGCUCCCUAUCUAAAGGGCACCAAAUGCGAUGGACCCAAGCUUGAGUCCUUUGCCAACAAGAUGGACCGCAUGACGCCUACUGCCCGCAUCAACACUAUCCUCGGCUACACGGCGCCCUUUGACCGACACGACUGGGUCAUUGAUCGCUGUGGCACCCGGGUUGACUAUGUCAUUGACUUUUACGCCGGGCGGCCAGACAACAAGGGCGGACCCAGUUUCUACUUGGACGUGCGACCAAAGUUGAAUACGUGGGAGGGUGUCAAGAUGCGAGCCAUGAGGUGGGCAUAUUUGGCGUAG